CUUCAACUGAGGCGAGACUGAGAAAGCGGCAUGUACUACGCAACAACACGCCCAUCUCGCACCCAAUCCUGAUACACUGCUAUCGAAAACCUUCUUCUUGCUCCGAUCCGUUUCCUGAGGACUAGCAUCUCUAGACAUUUCAUACUUUUACAGCCAGCACAGCUGAUCCUCGAAGAAUGGAUGAAUCAGCUUCCAGACAAGAAGCAGUCUGCAAAGACCUGGCACUACUGUCCCUCGAGGCGCCUUCCACCACAAGCCUAGAUCAGCCACCAUCCCCCAACCCUCCCCGCUGUGCCGACCCUCAAAACCGUUACAACAAAGACCAGCAAAAUAUCACCAAUUGCAACGCCAACAUGCCUCCAUUGACCAACUUGACUUUACCUAUUCGUCUGGCGCCCAAAAGGCCAGCUUCACCAGACCAGCAGAACCCUUCGCCACGACAGGUGCUCUUCACGCCGGCAGAGUCCGACAAGCUCCCACCGGGCUUCAUGUAUCCCAUCACGCCUCCGAUAGCCACCGGGCUGCCGCAAAACCACAGACCGCGCAGGUUUUCUUGGGCUGCCCCCACCACCCAGUCGCUAGUCCACCCACCCAGCAGCCAGGGCGCUUGUCCCCGCAAGCGCCGCCCACGUCGGAACCAUCGCAAGCAAGACCUCGGUCCAAGUUCCGAGUAGGUAAAGCUCUAGCUACUCAUCUAGUGGCUGCAAAUAAAAGUCGCAGGGAUAGGGACACAAGCUGGAGGCAUUUUCGUCGGCGGGAAAACAAAAAAAAAAGUGUAAAAAGGGCAAGGGGACUUAUUCAAGACCACUGGCUUGAGUCGAGAAAAACCAGGGCCUUGAAAGCUUCAUCAUGCGCUAUAGAUCCCCUGACCCGGAUCCUGAACAACUGGAAAUACUAGGUACGGCUAUGUCUCGGGAUCAACCGAGUUCUUGAAAUAAGCUUGACGAUCAGAAAGAUAGCACGACAGGUGGCAUUUGCAUAUAAAGGCACGGUAAUAUGCAAGAGCAUCCAAAAAAUGUUGACGUGGUUAGAAACUCCAAACGUAAGACGCGUGUUUCUCAAAUCAUUCGAGUGGCAGGAUAUGUACAAAGGGGUGCCCAGCACCAAUGAAUGGAACACAACAGCAUCUCCGGGUAUCUUCAAAUUCAGAGCAAAAGAAACGGGAAAAGAAAUAUAGAAGUAAAGAAACAAACAAACAUGGAGCCGUCCUUUGUCUAGAGAAUUAC